AUGCACCGGGUCCGUCUUUCAACUGCGGCUUCGGAAAACCUUGGAACCGACUUUAACUCCACAGUUGGAGAAGUUGAAGAUGGCUUCGUCAUUCGUGGAGUUCACAAGCAGGAGCCCGGCGGCAUGGCUGGCAAUGACAAUGUCAUGCUGCGGGGGCACUCCUUCCUUGGCGGUCCCCCUCCAAUCUAUCGCCCAAGGCCACGACCUUACCACCUAUCACAAGAGAACAACGAAGCACGACUUGCCGAAAGCCGCAAAUGGCAGCGAGCCCCCGCCGGCGCCCCUCGAUGGAAGGUCACCGCGCAACUAGCCCGACUGGCAGCGCACAGCAAGCUCGCAGGCCAACAAGGCGUCGGUGCAGCUGUCGCAAAUCAAGUUGUUGCGAAGAAAUGGAAGGCCGUUGGCAAUAUGCUGAAAGCCACCACGGAUGGCGUUAGCAGAAUUAGGGCGCUGGUGGAAAGGGAUAAGAACACAUACAUGCAGGCGGCACAAGAGUCCCUUCGGUUGGCGGCAGUUGGCGUUUUAAACGUCAAACUAACGGUCAGAAGCGAACGCGAACUGGAGUCGUUGAGCUACCUACAUCAGGGCGACGCGUCCCUCUACACUCCGGAGGCUCUUGCUAAGCGUCUGGCCAUUCGCUCCCAGCCCCAGUUCCGGGAGGCCGUGCGGGCCUGGUGGCAGUGGCUGCCGCUGACUACCCUGCCGCCCGAGGAGCGCCUAACGGAGGAGGAGAAGCUGAUGCCACUAGAUAUGCGCGGCAUGACUAAGCCAGUGUACUGCGCCAUGGCGGCUAUCAUUCAGCGGGCCUUGGAAGGUCGUCACGGACUCUUUUCGAAACUUCUCUCUAAGUACCAGCGGAGGUUUGGAGCACAGGACGAGCAAAAGGCGCCCGUCAGCGGCGGCAACGUCGAUAGGGUCGCGGGAAGGGCUGUCGUACAGCAGGGCAGUGACGGCGCUGCAGCGGCGGCGGCGGCGGCGGCCGGAGGAGAUGCGGCCGUAGCGGCAGCGGCAGGAACCGGUGCCGCCGUAGCCCCUGGACCCAUGGAUGAGGCGGAUGUCGUACUCAAAGCACUAUCGGAUGAUGAUGACACAGAGGACCAACAAGCUGCCACAAACUGGUGGGCUAAAAUAAUGGAGCGAAACAGGCGUUACUUGGAGGCCAAGGCCAAGGGUAUGGCGGACGAGGCAGCGGAGGCCGCUGCCGCUGCCGCCGCUGCUGCUGCCGCUGCAGCGGCCAUCAGCGGCAGUUCCCGUACAUCCAUUACCGCCGGCGGCGGCGACGCUGACGGCGGCGACGCCGCGCCCCUCCAGUUCCCCAUGGCUCUCCUUGGCACAUUGUACGACAGUCCGCCAGUGACGCCGUCAGCGGCGCCGUCAAGCACCACGGGUCACCGGCGGGGGGCUCCCCCGGGGGCUCCCCCGGGGGCUGCGGGCGGCUGGAGGCCGUACGGAAAGAGGGGUACGACGGCGGCGGCAGUGACGGCGGCGGGCGGAGGCAAUAUGUUGCCGGUGCCGCCGCCGACGCCUCCGCCAGGCCCCCUGCCCGAAGAUUCUCCGCCCAAGAUGCCCGUUAUGAUGCGAAUAGGGAAGGGCAUCAAGGGGCAGGCAACCCCCGGGCCCCCCUCUGCAGCCCUGGUGGCCACACUCCGAGAGGCGGUCACUGACGCACUGGUGGAGGUGGGGGCGAGCUCCGAUGUGAAGGAGGCCGCGGGGGUGCUCACUGAGGGCGGCACCAUUGCAUACCAGCAGGUGGGGCCUCACACCUUGGCGGAUCUGAUCCACAUACUGGUGGACAUCAAACGGAUGAAUACCCGCCAUCUCCGAGCCCUCAUCGGAACCAACGGAAACGGUAACAAUAACGGUAACGGUAACGGUUCCGUACUGGUAAAUCAGGUCGUCAGCCCCAAGAAGAUUGCGCUUCCAACGGUGGCGGAGGGCAUCGAGGCAUCAGGGAAGGCAGCCCCAGCAGCGGUGACGGCGGUGGCGGUGGCGGCGGCAGCACCACCUUCGGCCGAGUCACAGACGCGCACCGUGACUGCUGGGAGGGCAUUACCGGCCUCACCUCGACGAAGUGUGCUUGGGAGUACGGCGGUGGGCAGUAGUGGUGGUGGCGGCGGCGGAGAGCAUGUUGGAGGCGUCGCCACUAUUGGCGCCCCGACGGCGAUUUGGCGGGGGGCCACAGCAGCAGCCACCCUAUGUGCCAUUCGGGCAACUUUACAGGGCGCGGGCUUGACCCCGGGGGACUUGUCCGGCAUGUUGGCAUCGCAUGGAAUGGGACUGGCGAUCGACGUACAACCGCACGUACUGGCGCACGUGGCCAAGGUAUUGGCGGAGGCGGGUUUUGACACGGAAGCCAUCGUCGCCUUCCUCUUUCCCCCUGAAGCUGAGGAGGAGUUGGAGGCGGUUGGUCUGGGUAUCAAUCUCCCGUUGAGUGACGUACAACUCGAAGCCAUGCGGGUUGCGCUACAAAAGGGCCCCUGGGACCAAUCGCCUCUACCUGCCAACAUUGGGGGUGGCGGGGCCGGUGUGGAUGACGCGCUGGUGGACCUUGUUCGUUCUUGGACGGCUGAUAUACGAGCUAUCCAGGCGACUUCUGCCGCCUUGGAGGCGAGCGGCUUCACCCCCCUGGAGGUGCAGCGCUUCAUCGCCCCGGCCGCCUCCACUGCCCUCAUUGACGCGCUGCGCCGCCGCGGCCUCACCCCCGCCGCCGCCGCCACCCUCCUGAGGCGGGACGGCAGGGGGCUGGCCAUGGACCUGUCGCCACAGGAGCUCGCUGAGGCGGCGAAUGCGAUGGCGGCGGCUGGCUUCACGGCCGAGCAAGUGGUCAAGGCCAUCGGAUCUGAUGCCGCUUCCGUACCGCCCCUGGAUCCAGCGGGUCUGGAUGUCUGCCGGGAGGCCCUUUUGUCGGACGGCUUUACGGAGGAGGAGCUGGAUGAGGUCGUACUAACAGACAACGGUACGGCACUGCAGGACACGAUUGGAGCUGCCACGGAUCCACGAUAUUUUGAUGCGGCUGGUGGUGGUGGUGGUGGUGGUGGCAGCGGGCCGCUGCUACUUCCCGACGGCUCGGGGGUGGCUCCGGAUGCCGGGAUUGGCGGCGCACUCGUGGACGCCAUGUUCAAGCCCGCACAGAUCAGAGCCUUCCUGAUGCCCCCGGGGGGGGAGGGGGGAGAGAAAGAGGGGGGAGAUCGCGACGCGGCGGCGGCGGCGGCGGAGCCAUCAUCACCUCCUGGCCUUGACCCGCUAGGGCACAGCACCCUUGGCGGCGGCGGCGGCGGAGGGGGGCAGCGGCGGCGGCAGUUCCUAAACCCCAGAGAUGUUGUCGUAUUUAGAUCUGUACUGAUGGCAUCAGGCUUUACGACACAAGAUCUCAUGGAAAUUGUACGACAGGAUGGACGAGGAUUGGAUCCAGAUUCAGAACCGGAGCUGGCGGCCAAGGCGGUGGCGGCCUUGGUGGCGGCGGGGUUCAGGGGUCACGAGAUUCAGCUUUUUUUGCAGCUUAGAGAUCCCGCCGUCGCCAUGACGCCGUCAGAGGCGGCUGCCGCACGUACGGCACUUGUGACGGGGGGUUUUAGUGCCGUACAACUGGAGGAGUUGCUGCGGCGCGACGGGCUGGGGCUGGCUUCGGAUCCGGAACCGGAUCCGUACGUUAUGUCGCAGGUGGCUGUCGUACUGGCGGGGGCUGGCUUUCCCACCUUCCAUAUAUGUCAGUAUUUGGCUCCCGCUAUGCCGCUGGUGCCGUUGAAAGUCCUGGCUGUGGGCCGGUAUUUUGGCCACAGUGUCAGCGGGAAGCUCCGGUCGACGGUGUCCGUACGGUCCGUCGGCCCCGGCGUCCAUCCCUGGGCUGUCGUCAGUACGACAGAGGACGGCCGCUUGCUUCCGGAAGCUGACGUCAGCGAUGACGAGGAGGACAGAAUGGCGGCAGAGGCAGCGGCGGCCGCCGCCGCGGCGGAGGCGGCGGCAGAGCGUGUCCGUCGGCAGCGGGAGGCAGCGGCGGAGGCUCCGGGCGCAGAAGCCCUGCCGCCUGGGUAUGAAGCAGCGGCGGUGGCGGCAGCGGCAGCAGCGGAUCUGACUGGCGGCGAGCUUACCGCCCGCAGCGACACGGUGGCGGCGGCGGAUUGGCUGACGCUGCCGCCAUCCGUACUGCAAGCAAUGCGAGAGGCAGUGGAACGACGUUGCAAGGGCCUCAACAUGAAGCAGUUACGGCAGCUUGCGUUGCAGAUGGCGGACACCACCGCCACCGCCGCCACCGUCGCCUCCAGCGGCGGCGGCGGCGGCUCCUGGCUCCCUCUCGACGCCGAGGUGACGUCCCAGGUUGUUCGCGCUCUCUCCGCCGAGGGCUUCUCGACGGAUCAGAUCCGGCGGUUCUUCAUGCAGCCGGCGCUGGCUGCCGUGGUGGAGGGGGGCUGCAGUGAGGCGGAGCUGUUUGACCACAUACCUCCCGCGCUGAUGUUCCUUGUACGUGCUCUCCUCAAGGCCUCCGGGUUCACUGACCAGCACAUGUCCAACAUGUUGUCUGCGGACCGCCGCCGACUGGACCCGGAUUGGGACGUGGAGAGCGGCUGCAUGAUGGUGGCGGCCCUGGCGAGAGCCGGGUUCUCUCCGCAGCUGAUUCGGUUGCUGCUGACCACUGGUCCUCCAGUCGGCGCCCUGACUCCCAACGAGCUUGGAACCAUCAAUGAAGCAUUGCUGGUAUGUAUGUACAUAUGUACGGCAGGGAGGGAUUUAUGGGGCUACAGCCUCUGCACGGGUGUCUAG